UUCUCCUUCUUCUUCUUCUUCUUCUUCUUCUUCUUUUACAGCUUUGACAUACUACCUAGAAGGGUUAGGGGCAAAAAGGGAGCACCGAUUAAUGACUGCUCAGGCUUGAUCACCUCAGAACAAACAAUAGGCCAAGCGCUCCAAGGAUGAACUCCUACUUAGAUUACCCCGUGUGUAACAGAGGAGCAAAUAUCUUCAGUGCCAAGGCCGGAUAUCACAAUUUAAACCAUGGAUACAUGUCGUCCAACUCGUGCGCAACAAGUGAUAGUUACGCACCAGACGGUCGGUUAGUUGCAGCAACUUCUGCGCCACAUCACACUCCGAGUCUCCCUCUGCACCACCAGACACACGUCAACCUGGAUCUGCAGUUUGCAUCGCCGGGGAGCUCCAUGUACGGCUCGCCUCUGGAGUACGGACAUCACCAGUACGGCCUCGCUCCGGAGCAGGACCGGGGUUACAUCCACGCUCAGGUUUCACCCCUCGGAACAAACAUGGCUCCUUACACCGGGGACAGUUGUGGGCCUGGAGUCGCAACUGGAAACCAGUAUCUACAUUUUGGAAACGACCAGAGGCAGCAAGAGUAUUCAGAGAGUGUUUACGCGAGGUUACCGGCCCAGAGUAAAGAGAAGGAUCUGGAUCAUGUGGAGGAAACUUCUAAAACCUUCGACUGGAUGAAAGUGAAGAGGAAUCCUCCUAAAACAGCUGUCCUGUCGGAGUUUGGAGUUCCGGGCCAGCACAACGUGAUCCGCACCAACUUCACCACCAAGCAGCUGACCGAGUUGGAGAAAGAGUUCCACUUCAAUAAAUACCUGACGAGGGCACGGAGGGUGGAGGUGGCUGCAAGUCUGGAGCUGAACGAGACGCAGGUGAAAAUUUGGUUUCAGAACCGACGCAUGAAGCAGAAGAAACGAGAGAAACUGGGCUGCGCUUUGGUGACAAGUUCGGCACCUGUGGAGAAACUCUCAGGCCUUGACACCUCUCCAAAGCCAAAGCCAAAGGGGAAAGACUGUGAACCAUGA